UUAGUGUUAAUUUACCAGAGCAUUUUUGUUGAACAGUGUUUGUGUGUGUGAGUUUGAUAAUUAAUAUCAUAAUGAGUAAUAUAGCGAAAUUAAAUAGUAAUAUUUGGAGAGUGUUUGAGUCAUCUAAGAAACUACAUGAGGAUGUAAGGCAGGGUAAAUCUAUAGAUACUAAUGAUGAAGUUAAUACUAUUGAGAGUAAUGAUGAAUUGAAUGAUGAACCAGUAAUACUUGUAAGUGACGAAGAGAUACCGCAGUUGAGUCAACUAAUACGAGAUUCAACUAAUACUGAGCAAUUGGAAUUGGAAUUGAAAGCUAUGUUGAUGAAGGUGUACUGGAAUGGAUUCUACAAGGGAUUUGAAAAUGGAUAUGCGGGUGAUCAAGAGUAGUAACGAGUAGUAACGAGUAGUAAUGAAUAGAAUUAAUGAAUCAUGAUGAAUU